UGGGCGCUUUUGUCUGCGGAGAUGCGAACAUGGCCGCCGGUUCGAACAUCGAGGGGCGCUCUGGGACUGGCCGCUAGAGCGGCCCCGGAGCUCGAGUCUAACGCACUUCCGGGAUUUAAGAGCUACCUUCGGAAGGCGGGGGGCGGGCCCUUUGGAGUUUCCAUGACAACCUAGGAUGGCGGCACCGGGCUCUUGGUCCAGAACGGGCAGGAGGAGGUGCCGGGGUCCCGAGGCUUGACGCUGCCGGUGGGGGAUGCCCCCUCCAGGCCGGGCCCUGAGCACGGAAGAUGCUGCAGACCAGCAACUACAGCCUGGUGCUGGCCUUGCAGUUCGUGCUGCUGCUCUACGACCUGUUCGUGAACGCCUUCUCGGAGCUGCUGCGCGUGGCGCCCGUGGUCCAGCUGGUGCUCUUCAUGUGAGUCACCUGGCCCCGCCCCACCCCGCAGUCUGCUGGUGUCCACUGGGACCCGGGGCCAGGGCCAGGGCCAGGGCCGAUCAGGCUCCCCGCUCCAUCUCCUGUUUGUGCCUCCACAGCAUACAAGACAUCGCCAUCCUCUUCAACGUCAUCAUCAUCUUCCUCAUGUUCUUCAACACCUUCGUGUUCCAGGCUGGGCUGGUGAGCCUUCUCUUCCGAAAGUUCAAAGGGACCAUCAUCCUCACGGCCCUCUACCUGUCUCUCAGCAUACCCCUCCAUGUCUGGGUCCUGAACCUGCGCUGGAAAAACUCCAAGCAUUUUAUCUGGACUGAUGGUCUUCAAACCCUGUUUGUGUUUCAGAGACUGGCUGCAGUUCUCUACGGUUACUUCUACAAGAGGACGGCCAUCCGCCUGGGAGAUCCUCGAUUCUACCAGGACUCUCUGUGGUUGCGCAAGGAAUUCACUCAAGUCCGAAGCUGACCCCUCCGUGGGCCGGAAGAGGGAUCCACACAGCUGCCUCCUGGCCAGCCAGACACAGGAGCCCUGCCCGCCGCACCCACGGGCACCCACGCCCUGACUCGGCCCCUCUUCCCCCUGAGCCCGGGGCGCUUCCACCUUCCCCAGGGUGGGCGGGCUGCGCGGGGUUAUAACGUUGGCAUGCCCAGAGACUUGGCGCUGGGGGAUUUAUGCCCUCGAGCCCUUUUGUAUGUUUUUUUAAAACUAGGAAAUAAACGUAUCCCUUUUGCCA